CUGAGGAGCCUGAAGCUCAGGAAAGAAGCAGAUGAUAUGGCAGCUUUGAGAGCGACCAGGUGGAACUUGCUUUGUUAAUACGGCUAAACCUUUGAAUAUGAACACGUUUUAACACGGAGACGGCGACGGGACAGCUGCUCGAAAUGAUUUACUUGAUUCUGAUUUCCGCAUUCUCCGGGGCACUCGUUACAUUGAUAUUACAGUUCUUGCUGAUUUACCGGAGAAGCCCCGAGCCUAUAGCCAGGACAGUGCAAUAUGUCAAAACAGUGCCUGAUCCCGUAUUGAAGGAUUACUUUAAUAACCAACAUGCCGAAGCAAGCCAGCAGCAGCAAGACAACACAGCAUCUGCUGCAGCCAAACAGCAAGAGGCCGUCUCCACAAGGCAACAGGAAGUGGCUGUCACCGGCGGUAGCCCAAAACAGUCGCCACCGCCUUCUCAAAGCGAGUCCAUCCAUACAUCCAAACCGGAGACGUGCAAUUUCCUAAACGCUAUAUUUUUGUUCUUAUUCAGGGAGCUCCGAGACACUCCCGUCGUCAGGCACUGGCUCACCAAAAAGAUCAAGGUAGAGUUCGAGGAGCUGCUGCAGACCAAGACGGCGGGUCGGCUCCUGGAGGGACUCAGUCUUAGGGAUAUCUCCCUGGGUAAUUCUCUGCCGGUGUUCAAAACAGCCAAACUCAUGAAGCCGGUGAAUUUGAAUGAGGACGGCAUGCCCGACGAGCUCAACUUCGAGGUGGACAUCGAGUACAACGGCGGGUUCCACCUCGCCAUCGACGUUGAGCUGGUGUUUGGGAAGUCAGCCUACCUGUUCGUCAAGAUGAGGCGCGUGGUGGGCAGACUGAGGCUGCAGUUCACGCGCAUGCCCUUCUCCCAUUGGUCCUUCUCCUUCCUCGAGGACCCGCUCGUGGACUUCGAGGUGAAGUCUCAGUUUGAGGGGAGGCCGCUGCCUCAGCUCACCUCCAUCAUAGUCAAUCAGCUGAAGCGGGUCAUCAAGAAGAAACACACCUUGCCCAACUACAAGAUCAGAUACAAGCCCUUCUUCCCGUUUCAAGUGCAGCCUCCGCUGGGCUCAGCGUGUGAUUUGGACCUGUCAGUCCAGGACAGUAGGCUGGUGGAAGGCCGACUCCAAGUCACCCUUAUUGAAUGUAGCAGGCUGUUCAUCCUGGGCUCCUAUGACAGAGAGACCUACGUCCACUGCACGCUGGAGCUGAGCAGCCACCAGUGGAAGGAGAAGACUCGCAGCUCCAUCAAACAGACGGAGGUUAUCAAAGGGCCAUGUGGCAGUGUGGGGAUGACGUUCAGGCAUGUCCCUGCCAGCGAGGGUGAUGCAGUUCAUGUCAGCAUCGAGACCGUCACCCCCAACUCCCCCGCCGCCUUGGCAGACCUGCAGAGGGGCGAUCGCCUCAUUGCCAUUGGAGGUGUCAAAGUGACAUCCUCUGUUCAAGUGCCCAAACUGCUGAAGCAGGCUGGAGACAGGGUAGUGAUACUGUAUGAGAGACCAGUGCGUCACCAGACUCCUUCCAUAGGAAACCUAGGACCCCUGCAGGAGGGGCUCGGACAGUUAGAAGAGCCCAAUUUUAUUUCCCAGCCAGGAGGUUAUGAGGAGGACCCAGCCCCCAUCACCACUCUUUCUGACAUAUCUGACAGCAAAGACAUGGACUCUGAGUUUGAAGAGUUAAUAGUAGACUCCAAACCUAGCCAAUCAACUGGUUCUAGCAGCGGUAGCACCAAUACCACAGAGACAAAGGAGGAAUGCUUACUAACAGUAAACCAAAGCCCCAAAAGGACUGUAGCCAACCUGGCCUCGAAGCCCCUUGGCACCAUAUCGCCCAUCCUUAACCGCAAAUUAAACCUGGUGGGCCUCCAGUCGCCUCUCAAGCCCCAGUCCAAAGACUCACCCAAACCCUCACCACAUAAGAGUGGUGGUGAUCUGGUAGAGGGUCUGCAGCGUCCCACCAUCCCUCCUCCACCUCCUCCUUCUCGCCCCCCAGUGCCCCCAAGACCUCAGAUAAAGCUGACGUCGGCAUCCUCUGAAACCAGUCUUCUGGAAGGUGCUGAUUCUAUCGCAGUAACUUAUGCUACUACUUCUGCUACCACCGCUACCACCACUGUCACUGCUCCUGAAAAAUCACUGGAAAAGGCCUCAUUUAUUGGAGCCAACGGGGACAAGGUCGGCGCUGAUAAGACACCUGUUAAACAGCCCGAGCCAAAGCCACCUGUAAAGCAAGCAGAGUUCUGUGAUGAGCUGCCAGUCCCUUCUGCUGUGCCCGGCAGCAACAAGGCUGACCAGGCAAAGGACAAAGCUUCAGAGAGCUCCUGCAGCACACGAGACAGUUUGGAGGACCACUCCCUGUGGGAAUCCUCUGAGACCAUGUUUCGUAACCAGAUGGCACGCUGGGACAAGGCCUCCGUGGUGUUUGACGUGGAGAGCAACCACAAGUACCUUAACGUGGCUUUGUGGUGCAAAGACCCCUUUAAGCUGGGCAGUUUGCUGUGCCUGGGUCACGUCAGCCUCCAAUUGGAGCACGUGGCCCUGGAAUGUAUGGCCACAUCUUCUGCAGAGUAUCAGAGCACCUUUAGGCUGGGGGCUCCAGAGCCCAGAGCCAAUGUCAGCCGCACUGCUUUACGCAGUCUGAGCACCCACAAGGGCUUCAAUGAAAAGCUCUGCUAUGGAGAUAUCACUCUGAAUUUCUGUUACCUGGCCGAAGGUGAGCCAGAGCAUUUAGGAGGACUUGUGGAAAGGGAGCGAGAGGGGAGUCUCCAUGAUGAGGAUCUAAAGGAGAGGGAGAGAGAGCAUGUUACUGCAGCACCACGUGAUGACUUGGCCUAUGGUGCCAUGCAGCUAGUGGAGGUUCGCCACAACUUCCAGGACACCCAGUUCCAGAACCCUACCUGGUGCGAAUACUGCAAGAAGAAGGUUUGGACCAAGGCAGCCUCACAGUGCAUGGUUUGCGCCUAUGUCUGUCACAAGAAGUGCCAGGACAAGUGCCUCUCAGAAAACCCCUUCUGCGUGGCAGCCACAGAACGACGCGGAGCUGAUCCCGAGGCCAAAUCCACCAUAAACCGGGCCACCACAGGCCUCACUCGCCACAUCAUCAACACCAGCUCCCGUCUGCUCAACCUACGCCAGGUACCCAAGACCCGGCUGGUGGAGCAGGUGGUUGAUGUGGUGCCUGGGACAGUGGAGCCCUCACCAAAACAUACCCCCAACACUUCGGACAAUGAGAGCAGUGAUACUGAGACCUACACCAGCGGUGCCAGCCCCUCUAAGCAGCCUGCUGGCAGCAGCGGCAGCAGUAAACUGGUGCGUAAGGAAGGUGGUUUGGAUGACAGCGUGUUCAUUGCCGUGAAGGAGAUUGGCCGCGAUCUGUACCGGGGGUUGCCCACUGACGAGCGCUCCCAAAAGCUUGAGCUGAUGCUCGACAAGCUGCAGCAGGAGAUCGACCAGGAGCUAGAGCACAAUAAUUCCCUGCUGCUGGAGGAGAGGGAGGCUGGAGAUGCCCGGCGCAAAGCCCUAAUAACCGCUGCCCUGGCCAAGUCUGGAGAGAGACUCCAGGCCCUCACUCUGUUAAUGAUCCAUUACCGGGCAGGCAUUGAGGACCUGGAGUCAGUGGAGAGCACCUCACCCUCAGAGCAGCAUGGCUUUAAGGCCAAAGGAGAGGCUCUGGAGGAGGAGGCACUGAUGGGGACAGAAGUCUAUGACAGUGACAUAUGCAGCCCUGUGGAGGUGCAGCUCUUGGAUGACAUUACCGAGGAGCAGAUCUGCGUGGAGGCACUCCACUAAAUAGUGCUAGUAAGGAGAAAGAAGAGGAAGCUUUGGGUUUGGGGCUCACAGCAAAAUUAGGUUCAGUUUGUUUUUGACGUCUAGGGGAUUUCAGUGGUCCAUUUUAAAUUGGCAAAAUAGUUAGGGUCCAAUGUUUGAUCCACAAGUCUCAGUUGAUUACUCCAUUAUAUACUGAAGAGCAUGCAAAGGAACAUGAUUGCAUUUUAUAUGAUAAAAGAAACAAUGGCAAAAAGAAUUUUCUCUCCAAGAUCACAUAUCUGCACUCUGUUUGGACAAUGUGGUGCAUUGUUUAGUGAUUGGGCAGAAAUCAAGAGAUUGUUCCAAAAGAUUGCAACUUCAUGGCCAUGUUCGUGGUUUCAAAGGGAAAGCUCUAAUAGAGAUGAUAAUAUGGUAAUCUGCCCUCUUUAGGGUUGCAUGUAUGUCCUCCGAAGCAAUAGUAAGUGCUAAAAUGAAUAUGGCAAAUUUACAUGUACUGAAAAAUUUUGCUUUCUUUAAAAAAAAAAAGGGUUGUCUUUUGUCGCGCACCUUGAAAAGCAGUUCUUUCCUGUGGCUUGAAAAUGUGCAAUUCAGUUUGCUUUCCUGUGGCUUGAAAACGGUGAAUUCAAGUUUCUUUCCUCUGCGACUGUCACAGUAACUGCUUGCACAUUAGCAUUUUAGAAUAUAUGCACAUUUUUUUGUGGUAUACCAGUCUAAAAUUGUGUUUUCUUUGAGGAAAUCAUUAAUCUUCAGUCUUUGUUUGCUGUGAGUAACAAGCCCACUGUAAGCUGACAUACUUGACAUUGCUCUCUGAGUCUAGAAAACAAAGUGAAGGGGAAAAAAAAACAGGUUCCGACGUCCACAGAUGUGGAACCUGGCAUUCGUUAAAGUACCUUGCAAAAAGUCAUACAUAUCUUUUGCUUUGAGCACUUUUUUACUGUAAUAUAUUUGGAAUUUAGAGCUCGCUCGUGACUUUCCUCCUUAGAAAGCUUGUUGGGAUUUGAGCAAUCUGCAAGACCAGCUAAUGAUUAAUUAUUAAUGGAAUGGAUAAUCAUUUUGUGAAUUAAAAUACUGAUAAAUUGUCCAUCAUCUUUGGUUUUGUUUGUAUCUGUUACGCCAAACAUUUUGACUAUGUAAUCAUUUAUUAUUAUUUAACCAGCAUAUGACCUGUGUAUAUAUAUAUUUUCCUGUUAAAAUAUUUUUUUUUGUGGUUGGUGUAAAAAGGGGGAAGGGGAGUAAUUAUUCUGGGUUAUUUUGAAUUAAUUCAUUUGAAUCAGCAGCUGUAGUUUUGAUUUAUUUGUUCUCGUCUACCCCCUCUCUUGAAAACAGAAGUAUGUUCCAUUGUUUCCCAUUGAAAAGUUGUAGGGGUAGGUGCAACAUAGGUAAGUCAGCGGACUGAUUUCACUGACUAAAUGUUACCGAAUGAAUGUUACUGUUCCUAUUAUUUUAAACACAAGGAGCUUUGAUGUUAAGUAUCCCUAACAUUUAUUUACUUAGUUCAGCGCCUGUAUGUAUGAAUGUGUGGGGGGAACGGAGGGUUACUGAUAAUGCUUCAAGUAGUUGCGAUUAUGUGCAAGUCAUUUGCCUUCAUGAGUUAUUUUCAUCCAUGUAUUACACCCGUAGUUAUCCACUGGAAUAAAUGGUGUAUGAAAAGGG